AUGGGGAAUCGAUUACAGGAUGAAUCUAAUGUUCCAAAGCUGAUAGCGGGGAAUGACUUGCCAAUCACCAGGGAAAACUCACCAAAAUCGAAAAACAUAGGGACGGUUUCUAAAGAGCCGCAAUUGAGCUUUAAAACCCCUGAUUCUAGACACACCAGAAAUAGAAAUGGAAGUUUGGUAAGAUCUUCAACGAUAAGUUCUGGGUCUAAAUCUCCGGUGCGAGGGCAUCUUAGGAGCUUCAGUGGAGCAAGUUGUAAUUCUACACUCUCUAGAUCUAAUAGUGUUAGGAAGGGGAUUAAUUUAGGGCUCAAUGUUAUUGGAACUUCGUCUCUCAAUGACACAACUAGAGACAAGGAACAUACUCCCCGAAGACAGCUGUUUACGACUCCACUAAAACAAGAAGGUUUCACCUCUAUAUCCCUAUCACAGUAUAAAAGCGAUAGCGAGCCCGGAGCACGAUCUAGUAUAGAAACAAAUAAUUCUGAUGUUUCGUCAAUAAUCAACUCUCCAACGCCAUCAAUUCCAAAGUCCCAGGCCGAAGAGAAUAAGAUAGAAGAUCCACUGUCUGAUAAAUUUCGUCUGUUGGCUUCUAAGGAGAUGGAACUACUUGAAAUUAAAAAUCAGUUGAAUGACCUUUUGAAAAGGAAAAGAGAAAGUGAAAAUGACCUUAAACGACUAAAACUGAGUAUUGAGAAACAAUUAUUGAGAAAUUUGAAACAGCAGAAUAAUGAACAGUCUCGUCACAGGAUAGAUCAAAAUAUUCCAAAAUCACCAACCAGCAUACAUAAAUGUGUAAUGAAGCCAUCGAGUUCUACAAAUGACCCCUUGAUAAAUUACUCAGGGGUUGACUCUUCGGUACAAACAAAUACCAAUGAUACAACUCUGAAUAACAAAUAUGAUAAGAGACAAUCAUGGUUCUCUAAACCUCUUAGUUUAUUCCAGCAAUUUGAUAAUCUUAUAACAAAAGAGUUUGAAAAGCUUCAAAUACCAGAUGAAGAAAAUGAAGAUUUAAAGCUCAUUGAUAUGAGUUAUAACGUCAAUGAUAAAGCAGCUGAUAGAGAUGCGCAAUACAGCGCACCAAUUAGAUCAUUAGUCUCUGAUACUGCAAGCUCCAGUGCUGACGUUAUGCAAUCUGUAUCACAACAUAUCUGGUCAUUUGUUAAUGACGUUAAAUCAAACUUGUUGAUUGAAGAAGAACCCGAACAUGAGCUUCCAAUAACAUCUUCACCAAUUAAAGACGAAUCGCCCGGAAAUGACAAUCCGAAGGUUAGGAUUAGGACAGCGUCAAUAUCUAAACGUCGAUCCUACAGUCAACAUAUUCAGCAUAAGAAAAGACCAAGUAUGAAUAUAGUUAAUGACCAUAUUGAGGUGGACAAAAAUGCUGCUAAGGAAGUUAUUCGUUCCAUUUCUAGAAACGGAAACUCAGAGCCUGAAAUAAAUGACGAUAAAAACACCAAAGAAUUGACUACACCUGAAAUAGAAAAGAAUUCGUUAGGAGAUUCGAUCGAUGAAUCUGAGUUAUGGGAUAACGAACUACUGGAUAUAUAA